AUGGGCUCCAAGACAGCUGAGAACGAGAGCCAGAAUGGCGGUAAUGACCCGUCCAACUCAAACAAGUCUGCCGCUACUGGUGGAGAACCGCGAGGAGUUCAUCUCUCCCGCGAUGGUGAUGGAAGUUUGGGUGACGGGGACAGCGAUGACGACGACGGCGACAAUCAGCCUGGGGCUGUUACCGAGUCGCUAACGCCCCAACCCGCCCCAACAGACGCUUCAAAGAAGAAGAAAAGAAAGAAGUCCAAGAAGAAGACGACCAUCAAGCAGUCGUCGCCUCCACGUAUCCCUCUGACUACCAUAUUCCGCAAUGAGCAGUACCCGAGUGGAGAAAUGCAGAACUAUGAGGCCGUGGUCGACAAUACGGCUCGCACCACCGCUGAGGAAGCUCGCUACGAUUCUCGCCGUUCCGUCCAGGACAAGACAUGGCUCACGAACUAUCGUAAAGCCGCCGAGAUUCAUCGUCAGGUUCGGCGAUGGACUCAAGACAACGUCAGACCUGGCCAGACUCUCAGAGAGAUUGCUGAUGGUAUUGAUGAUGGCGUGAGAGCGCUGCUCGAUAACCCCGGCCUUGAGACGGGAGGUUGUCUUGUGUCUGGAAUGGGAUUCCCGACUGGACUUGCGGUAAAUAAUUGCGUUGCGCAUUACACACCGAACCCAGGCCAGAAAGAUGUUAUCUUGCAAAAAAGUGAUGUCAUGAAAGUGGACUUUGGUGUCCACAUCAAUGGUUGGAUUGUUGACAGUGCCUUCACUAUGUCAUUUGAUCCAACAUAUGACAAUCUGCUUGCUGCAGUUAAGGAUGCGACAAACACCGGUAUCAAGAAUGCUGGUAUCGACGUCCGAAUCAGCGAUGUAAGCGCUGCCAUCCAAGAGGCCAUGGAAAGCUAUGAAGUGGAGAUCAGAGGUCAAACGUAUCCAGUCAAAGCGGUACGAGAUCUCAGUGGCCACAAUAUCAGGCAAUACCAGAUCCAUGGAGGGAAAUCCAUUCCCUUCGUGCGAACGAAGAACCAGACCAAAAUGGAAGAAGGCGAAGUUUUUGCUGUCGAGACAUUUGGAUCUACAGGAAGAGGACGUACAGUAGACGGUCCUGGCGUCUAUGGGUACGGCAAGAGUUAUAAGGCUCCGAAAAGAGUGAUGACCCCUCUUGCUUCAGCCCGAUCUCUGUACAAGACCAUCAACGAUAACUUCGGCACGAUUGUUUUCUGUCGUCGUUAUCUUGAACGUCUCGGGGUAGACCGGUAUCUUGCCGGCAUGAACUACCUCAUUUCCCAAGGAGUCGUCGACCACUAUCCACCCCUGAUGGACAUCGAAGGCUCUUACUCUGCCCAGUUUGAACAUACCAUCUUGCUGGGCCAAUCUGGCAAAGAAGUCAUUAGUCGCGGCGAUGACUAUUAA